GGACGCAAAAGCCAUGGCAGUUCAUUUGAACUGCCAUUAAGGCAUCCACUGUGGCAUCUAGUUGUGACCAGUGACUGUCACGGACUGGCAGGGAUCAGCGUCAGCCAUGACUUCGGCAUGACAUGUGGGGUUUCACCGUAUUUUUAUUUUUGUUGACUCUUUCUCAAUAUUGCAUAACUUCAACUUUUCAUCUCCAAGACCUGUAUUGUUGGCUAGUGCAGCUUGAAGCACCUAAUAUUUUUACUCUCCUUACUUUGGCUGCUAGAGAGCAUUGUUGAGCCCCAGUCAAUGAUAUUGUACAAAGAAGACUGUUGAUAACAAGUCAUAGAUAAUAUAUAAAUGACUUGUUAUAAGAAGUGCUUUUAAUAAUUAUGCA